AUGAGGCCCAAGGAGGAGGUGGAUGCGAAGCUCCAAACGGGGACUUUUAUUUUAUCCGAGAAAAUAGAUGACACUAAGUCGAAGAAAAGCGAAAAAGAAAUGAAGAAAGAAAUGAAGAGGCUCGAAAAAGAGAAGCAGGAGCGCGAAAAGCGCGAGAAGAAAGCCAGGGAAAAGGAAAAAGAGCGUGAAAAGCAAGCUAAAAAAGGU